AUGUUGCGUGUGCUAGCCUGCCUGUUGGCGACGGCCGCGGCCGCCGGCGCCGCCGUCAUCUCGGUCACACACGACGCCGCCUCCGGCAACUACUCGGUGCACGAUGGCGAGGCAGCGGGGUGGGUGGUGCGCGCCAACUUCUCCGACCAGCAGGCGGCCACGGGCUGGGCGCGCCUCGAGAUCGAGGGACGGCCCUCCGAGGACGAGGACGCCGACCGGGUGAUGGCGUUUGCCGCCGGCCUGGCCGAGGCGCACAUCACCAGCAACAUGAUCGCCGACUUCAUCUACAACGUGGUGGAGGACAUCUGCGCCAAGCCGGCCGACAGCAGCAAGUGCGCCGCCGUCAACGAGUACUUCGGCCGCAACCUCGAGUGGACGCGGAAGAAGGUGGAGUCGUCGUCGGAGCGCGACCCGUACUGGCGCCAGGUGGGCCUGGUGCUGAGUCAGAUGGACGGACUGCAGCAGGGCAUCGAGGACACCAUCCCCGGCGCGCGUCCGGACGCCGCGCUCUGGCUCAACGCCUUCCCGGACGCCAUGGACCUCAAGAUCGGUCUGCCGGUGAACAAGAAGCUGGCGGGCGCGGAGGGUCCCAGCGGCAGCGACCACUGCUCGGUGCUGGUGCGCCUGCUGCCCGAGAACGCCGACCUGCUCGUCGGCCACAACACCUGGGUCGACUACAACUACAUGUCGCGCCUGCUGAAGAAGGUGACGCUGCCGUUCCGCUCCGGGGCCGAGGGCGCCGACACGGUGGCCGCGCCGACCGUGGCCUUCUCCGGCUUCCCGGGCAGCAUCGCCUCUCUGGACGACUUCCACAUCACGUCGGCCGGCCUGGUCACCACCGAGACCUCGCUGGACAACUACAACAAGGACCUGUGGACCUUCCUCACCACCAGCAACAGCGUCCUGCAGUGGAUCCGCGUCUCCGUCGCCAACCGGGUGGCCAGCUCCGGCCAGGAGUGGCACAACGCCUUCAAACGCUACAACAGCGGCACCUACAACAACCAGUGGAUGAUUGUCAACUAUAAGAAGUUCGAGGUGGGCGCCGAGGGCGCUGAGCCGGGCCUGCUCUGGGUGACCGAGCAGAUGCCCGGUCUGCUGGUCGGCGACGACGUGACCCAGGUGCUGGCACACGCCGGCUACUGGGCCAGCUACAACCAGCCCUACUUCCCCAUCAUCGACGACAUCAGCGGCAACAAGCGGCAGCGCGCCGAGCGCGGCGACUUCUUCAGCCACAACAAGAACCCGCGCGCGCAGCUGUUCCGCCGCGACCACGUGCUGGCCACCAACGUCACGUCGGCGCUGCGGCUGAUGCGGCACAACAACUUCACCGCGGACCCGCUCUCCAGCUGUAACUGCAGCACUGGCUACUCGGCCGACAACGCCAUCGCGUCGCGGCGCGACCUCAACGACCCGGACGGCACGUACCCGCUCAAGAGGCUCGGCUUCCAGAUGUACGGCGCCAUCGACGCCAAGGUGACCUCUGCCAAGCUAGCCGAGCGGCUCGAGUUCGUCGCCGAGGCGGGGCCGACGCACGACAGCCAGCCGGCCUUCCAGUGGAGCAGCAGCCCGCAGGCGGACACGGUGCGACACCGCGGCCAGCCCGACCGCUGGGAGUUCGCGCCCGUCGACGUCACCUGGAGCUGGUGA